AUGAAGUACGUUCUCGUGAGUGGUGGUGUGAUCAGUGGGAUCGGCAAGGGCAUCAUUGCGUCGUCGACGGGCCUUCUGCUCAAGACGGUGGGCUUGAAGGUCACGGCGAUUAAAAUUGAUCCAUACCUGAACGUGGAUGCAGGCACUAUGGCCCCGACUGAGCAUGGCGAGUGUUUUGUCCUGGACGACGGCGGCGAGGUUGACCUCGAUCUCGGGAAUUACGAGCGAUAUCUCAACGUAACAUUGACCUUCGAGAAUAGCAUCACGACGGGCAAAGUGUAUCAGCACGUCAUUGAGCGGGAGAGACGCGGAGACUACCUGGGUAAGACGGUCCAGGUGGUGCCUCACAUCACCAAUGCGAUUCAGGACUGGAUUGAAAGAGUGGCAAGAAUCCCUGUGGAUGACACAAAGGAACAGCCGGACGUCUGCAUCAUCGAGCUCGGCGGGACGGUCGGUGACAUCGAGAGUGCUCCCUUCAUCGAGGCUAUGCGACAGCUACGGAGAAGAGCAGGUCGUGACAAUUUCAUCCACAUCCACGUGUCGCUGGUGCCGGUCAUCGGCAGUGAGCAGAAGACGAAACCGACACAGCAAGCCAUCCGGGACGCACGCUCAGCGGGUCUGGCACCUGACUUGGAACAACUGGUCGAGGCGACGACGAACAAGAUCGCCAUGUUUUGCCAAGUGGAGCCUUCGCAAGUCCUCGCGGUCCACGACGUCGAGUCGACAUACCAUGUACCGCUCCUGCUUCAGGAACAAGGUCUGCCUGAGCAGCUCCGCGAGCUCUUCCGUCUCGACGCGUACAAGAUUGCACCUGCACUGGUCGCCAAAGGCCAGCAUAUAUGGCAGGAAUGGAAGCGAUUGACCACGUCCCAAGACCGCUUCUUGGAGUCGGAGAUCAUCAACAUUGCCUUGGUCGGCAAAUACACCAACCUUCACGACUCUUAUCUCUCGGUCAUCAAGGCUCUGGAACACAGUGCCAUGGCGUGCCGGCGCAAACUCAACCUUGUCUGGGUGGAUGCCAGCAAUCUCGAAAAAUCCACGCUGGAUUCAAAUCCUGAAAAGUACCACAAGGCCUGGCACGAGCUGUGCACGGCCGACGGUGUCCUCGUCCCGGGUGGCUUCGGACAUCGUGGGACGGAAGGGAUGAUCGCCGCGGCCAACUGGGCUCGAACCAAGCCCAAACCAUAUCUCGGAAUCUGCCUGGGCAUGCAAGUCGCGGUGGUCGAGUAUGCCCGCAACAUGUGCGGCAUGAAGUCGGCUCACUCGGUCGAACUCGACGCCCAGACCCCGGAUCCCGUGGUCAUCUUCAUGCCGGAGAUCGACAAGACCACCAUGGGUGGCAAUAUGCGCCUGGGCCUGCGCCCGACCAUCUUCCAGGAGAACACGCAGUGGUCGCGGCUGCGGAAACUGUACAACAACGAACCCAGCAUCAACGAGCGGCACCGUCACCGCUACGAAGUGAACCCGGAGUACAUCUCUCGCUUGUCCGAUGCCGGCUUGACCUUCAUCGGCAAGGACGACAAAGGUGAGCGUAUGGAAGUCAUGGAGCUGAAGGACCACCCGUUCUUUGUGGGUGUCCAGUUCCAUCCCGAGUAUCUGAGUCGGGUCCUCAGGCCCAGUCCCCCUUACCUGGGCUUCGUGGCGGCGAGCGCGGGCAUGCUGGAGCAGGCAUUCUCUGCCGUGGCGGCACGGGACGAGGCCCUCAACGGCGAAGGCGUUCACGUGCCGAUUCACAACGGCGUCAACGGCUCCUUGACCAACGGCAUGAGCCAGGUGACACUUUCGUCCUCUUCCGGCUUCUAG